AACACUCCUCACUCUAUUUUCGUCGAUACGAAAAUGGUCUCGUCGAAGGGCAAGGAGAAGGUCGGCGCCGGCGACAAGGCCGGGGCCGGCAAGCGGAAGAUCGAUCUCAGCGGUGGAAAGGAUGACGACAAGACCGGCAAAAGGAAGAGGAACGACGUCCUUCAGUUCUUCGAAGACAGCGCUUUCGAGGUCGGAGAGGACGAGUGUAGUGACGAUUCUGACUUCUUCGACACUGAUUUUAUUGAUGAUGAAUUUGGCACUGAUGAUGGAGUCCAGAAGCAACAUGAGAAAGCCCCUGUUUUCCCUUUAGUACCUAAGGAGGAGGAAAUGGAUGAAGAAGAGUUGGAGAAAAUGUUGAGAGAGCGCUACAAAGCUGGUUCUAGCUUUGUUAAAUUUGCAGAAGAUGGAUAUGAAAAGAAAGGAUCAAUUCAAGAGGACAUAUCUGUGCCCUCCACCAAGGACCCGACUAUAUGGAAAGUCAAAUGCAUGGUUGGUCGUGAAAGGCAUUCAGCUUUCUGCCUUAUGCAGAAAUAUGUGGACUUGCGAGUUCUGGGAAUGAAGCUCCAAAUAAUCUCCGCUUUUGCUCUUGAUCAUGUGAAAGGCUUUGUUUAUAUUGAAGCAGAUAAACAGUUUGAUGUUAACGAGGCUUGUAAAGGGCUCUGCACUAUAUAUUCCAGUCGGAUGUCUCCAGUUUCAAGGAAUGAAAUUUCUCAACUGAUAUCAGUACGGAGCAAGUGCAAUGGAAUUUCUGAGGGCAUGUGGGCUCGUGUCAAGAAUGGCAAAUACAAGGGGGAUCUAGCGCAGGUUGUGGCAGUGAAUGAUGUACAGAAGAAAGUCACAGUGAAGCUGAUUCCAAGAAUAGACUUGCAAGCACUGGCUGAGAAAUUUGGUGGAGGAGUUGUUGCCAAGAAGGCUUGCAUUCCAGCACCGAGGCUAAUCCGCUCUACUGAGCUUGAGGAUUUUCGUCCUCUCAUCACAUAUCGCAAGGAUCGUGAGACAAACCAGAUGGUUGAAGUUCUUGAUGGAAAGAUGCUGAGAGAAGGCUAUUUAUAUAAGAAGGUGUCUAUUGACUCUUUGUGCUUCUGGGGUGUAAUGCCUUCUGAAACUGAGCUCCUGAAGUUUGAGCCUUACAAGAAUGAUGAACCCCAAGAUACCGAGUGGCUUUCCCAGCUCUAUGGUGAGCGAAAGAGAAAACGAACAAUUAAGCAUGACAAAGGGAAUGGGAAAGGUGGUGAGAAAGGAGAGGGUUCAUCAAACUCAAACAAUUUUGAAGUAGAUGAUCUUGUGUUUUUUGGUCGCAAGGACUUUGGCAUUAUCAUUGGCACUGAGAAGGAGAAUGUGUAUAAGAUCAUGAAAGAAGGUUCAGAGGGACCGGUGUUAGUGACUGUUCAACUUCGUGAACUAAGAGCAGCAUGCUUUGAUAGAAAACUGUUCACCGUAAAAGAUCAACAUAAAAAUACAAUUUCCAUUAAUGACAUUGUCAGGGUUUUGGAUGGUCCAUCAAAGGAUAGACAAGGGAUUGUUAAGCAAAUCUACAAAGGUGUCAUCUUUCUGUAUGAUGAGAUGGGUGAGGAACAUAACCGGUAUGUCUGUGUUAAAGCUCCGGUGUGUGAAAGAAUUUCCCGUAGCCAUGGUUUAUUGUCUGGGAAGGAAAGUGAGGCUGGACCAUCUUCAGGUUUUGCUGAAACCCCAUCAUCUCCAAAUACCCCAUUGUCACCUAAGAAACCUUGCAGAGAGAGGGGUGAUAACAGUAACUUUUCUCGUGGGGAUAAAGAUGGACUAUUAUUCUCUGUUGGUCAAUCAGUCAGAAUACGUGUUGGUCCUCUGAAGGGAUUUAUCUGCCGUGUCUUGGCUGUACGUCAAUCUGAUGUCACUGUUAAACUUGAUUCACGGCAAAAGAUUCUUACAGUUAAAAGCGAGCAUCUCUCUGAGGUUCAUGGAAAGUCUUCUACCAUUUCUUUGGGUAGUGCUGAUCCAGAGGCUGCAAAACAAUUUGAUCUGCUUGGAGCACAGGAUGGUUCAAGAGAUUGGACUUCUGGAGGGGUACCAGCUGCUGCACAAGAUGAUAAUUGGAAUGCAGGAUUGUCAUCAAGUGAAAGGAGCUCUUGGCCUUCUUUCCCUGCAUCAAGCAGCUUAACUACUCAAUUGGAUCCUAAUUCCAUAAGUUCUAUCACUGCAGUUGAUGUGAAUAAUGAUGCUGGAAAUUCUGCUUGGGAUAGUGGUACAACUCAAAAUAAGAAUGCAUCAUGGGGUGCAUCAGGAGUCUCUGAGAAAAAUGUUGCUGAUGCUGGACAAGAUAGUGGCUGGGGAGGGAGUGAUAGUUGGAAGAAAAGUGUUUCCACUACAGGAGUUGGUAGCAGUAGUUCUGAUAGUUGGGGGAAAUCACUUGAAGAAAGCACAAACAAGAACAAUGCUUCCAACUGGGGUGCUUCUGGAACCACACCAGGGAAAGAAACUAGUGGGAACUGGAAUCAACCUGAAUCAGGUGGUGGGUCUAGUUGGGGCAAACCUCCUGUGGGUUCUCAAGGUAAAGAGACUAUUGUUGGAAACAGUGAUGCUUGGGACAGCAAGGGAGUGGCAUCUAACUCCUUAUCUGGUCCAGUUAGUGAGAGUAAGGGAUGGGGCAAUGCUGGUAGUUCACAGGAUGGCGGGUCCACUUGGAGCAAACAAGAUGCAGGAUCUUCUUGGAAUAAGAAGGAAGAUAAAUCUUCAUGGGCAAAACAAGGAGGGGCUCAACCUUCUUGGGGCAAACAAGACAGUAAGAUACCUGAUAGUUCUGGUGGGGGUGAUGGUGGAUCUUCUUGGGGAAAGCAGGAGGGUGCAUCAUGGGGCAAACAAGAUGGGGGAUCUUGGAAUAAGAAGGAAGAUACUUCAUGGAAUAAGCAAGGUGGAGGACCAUCCUCAGGCCAGCAAGCCAACAAGGGUGGUGGGUCUUGGAACAAACAGGAGGGUGGAUCCUCAUGGGGCAAACAAGAUGGGGGAUCUUGGAAUAAGCAAGGCGGAGGACCAUCCUCAGGCCAGCAAGCCAACAAGGAUGGUGGGUCUUGGAACAAACAGGAGGGUGGAUCCUCAUGGGGCAAACAAGAUGGGGGAUCUUGGAAUAAGCAAGGUGGAGGACCAUCCUCAGGCCAGCAAGCCAACAAGGAUGGUGGGUCUUGGAACAAACAGGAGGGUGGAUCCUCAUGGGGCAAACAAGAUGGGGGAUCUUGGAAUAAGAAGGAAGAUAAGUCUUCAUGGAAUAAGCCAGGUGGAGAGACAUCCUGGGGCCAGCAGGGUGACAAGGAUGGUGGGUCUUGGAGCAAACAGGAGGGUGGGUCAUCUUGGAAAGGAGGUGAAUUUGGGAAUAAAGAUGGUUCAGAUCAACAAGGAAGCUGGGGUAGGGAAAGCACAUUCGAUGGCGGACGUGGUUCUGGCGGCAGAAGAGGAAGGGGUGGCGGCAGAGGAAGAGACAAUUUUGGAAGAGGUAGAGGUAGAGGAAGAUCUUUUGAUCGAGGUGAGUCAAGCAGCUGGGGCAAGGAAGGUGAAGAUAAUAAUGGAUCAGGAUUUGCUGGGGGAUCUAGUUGGAAAAGUUCUCAGGAAAGUUCUUGGGGUAAAGUCACAUCAAGUACAAGUUGGAAAACUGAUCAAUCAGAGAAGCAAGAGGGAUCAGGAUUUGCUGGGGGGCAAACUAGUUGGAAAAGUUCUCAGGAAAGUUCCUGGGGUAAGGUAACAUCAAACGAUGAAAACAAUAAGGAUGGUUGGGGUAAUCUAAAUGCAUCUGGGAAGAAGCAAGGAUGCGGCACAGUGGAAGAGGCAGGUGAAAGUAAUAAAUGGCUCAGCAAUAAACCAAGUUCGGGUUGGGGAAGUACUCAAUCAGAAAAGACAGAAAGCAACAAAGCUGGAUCAAGUUUGGGUUGGGGAAGUAAUCAAUCAGAAAAGACUGAAAGCAACAAAGCUGGAUCAAAUUCGGGUUGGGGAAGUAAUCAAUCAGAAAAGACUGAACGAGAUAAAGAUACUGCUUUUAAUAAAUCGUCUGAUUGGCAGAGUGAAGGUGGCUGGAAUGCUGCCAAACCUUCUGGUGAAAGCCAGUCAUCUAGUUGGAACAGAAAAGCAUCUACCAAUGACGAAAAAAAUACGAGUGGAGCUGAUGGGUGGAGCACAGGUAAAGGAAGUGGUUCUGAAACUAAUCAGUCAUCAGGUUGGAAUAAAAAAUCUAGUGACGGUGGUGGAAUUGGAGAUGCAGUAAGUAGUUGGGGCAAUAAUGAACAAUCUUGGAAAACUAGCAAUUCCUCUGCAGGAAAUCAGUCAUCUGGGUGGAAGAGUGAAGGAAGCCAGGAUCCUAAUGCUUGGAGCAGCAAAAGUAACUGGAACUCAGGAAGUGGCUUUGCUGGGGAUGAACAGCAGCCUGACGGUUCUAAUGAGAGGGGAAGAGGUGGAUGGAGGGGUGGCCGUGGUGGAUCAGAUAGGGGAGGCUUUCGAGGUAGAGGCCGAUCAGAUAGGGGAGGCUUUCAAGGUAGAGGUGGAUCUGAUAGGGGUGGCUUUCGUGGUAGGGGUGGCUUUGAUAGGGGUGGAUUUGGGGGUAGAGGGCGUGGGAGAAGAGAUCAGAGUGGUGAAUGGAACAACAGAAAUGAUUUUGGCGAUGGUAAGCCCAGUUGGAGCAAUGGGUCAGGCAGUGAUCCUGCUAGCUGGAAAGCUAGUGAUGGUAGUGGAAGUUGGAAUGAAGGUGGCAGUGGAAAAGGUCAGUGGCAGAGUUGGUCUGCAGGUGGUAGCACAUCUAAAGCAGAUGGACAUAGCUCGGAAGCUGGUGGAUGGAACAAUAGAAAUGACUCCGGGGAUGGUAAGCCUCCCAGCUGGAAGAAUGGAUCAGGCAGUGAUGCUGGAGGUUGGAAAUCCAGUGAUAAUAAGGGGAGUUGGGGAGGCAGUGAGAGUGGCAGUGAGAAAGGCCAGGGGCAAAGUUGGUCUGCAGCUGGUAGCACAUCUAAAACAGAUGGACAUGUCUCAGAAGCUGGAGGAUGGAACAAAGGGUCUAGCACAAAUGCUGCUGGAGGUGAUGCUAGUGCCAGUAAAUGGUCUACCCAAGAGAACACUUCAGGAAAUCUGAGCUCAUCUUGGAAUUCAAGCCAAUCAACUGCUUCUGGACUUGAAAAAUCCAAAGAAGCAUGUGGAGCUACUGAAAGUGGAGGGCCUGCCGAUGCAUGGGGCAAGGCAUCUAGCUCUUGGGGCAAAGGGAGUGAUGGAGCUGGCAAGGGAGGGUGGUGAUGGCUCCUGAAAGGUGUGUUGCUUGACGUGGGGAUGGCCAUGCUUGGUGAGGGAUCAUCUUUUUAAUUCUGCCUUAGUUGUAAAUGGCCUGUCUAGGGAAGCCAUAUUGAAACCCAGAAGUUUAGUUUUUUAACCAAUUGGGGUUAUGUACAUUUUGGAACAAAGCUUCGUAGAUGCUAAUUACUCCGUUUCAGUUCUACUUCCAAUCUCGUUUCUUCAUCUCCAGACUUACCAGCAUACUUUUAUAAUAAAUUGUAUGUAAACCUUGGAAAGUUGACUUCCAAUUCUCUUCCUGACGUUUGAUGGUUUUAUUUAAGGCAUGGCUUUACUGCUA